GUUCUAACAGCAACACUAGCAGCAGCAAAGGACAAUAAUAAUAAUGAAGACUUUCGUCUGCAUCGCUGUCCUUGUGGCUACCGCCCAUGCUGGAAUUGUAGGUAUCGCCUCGACCGGAGCCUCAUCUCAGCAUCGCUCCGAGGAUGGACUCGGCAACUAUGCUUUUGCCUACGAUGAGGGCCAUGCCACUGGCGGGACUUUCCGCAAAGAGUCUGGCAACGCUCUCGGAGUGAAAAUCGGAUCGUACGGACUUCGUGAUGCUGAUGGUCGUGUCCGUACCGUGAACUAUGUUGCUGAUGCGGCUGGAUUCCGCGCCUCGGUGUCGACCAACGAGCCUGGAACCGCUCCUUCCCUUCCUGCUGCUGCCGCCUACAAUGGCGCCCCCGUUGCUAAAGUCGCCGUUGCCACCGCCCCUGUUGUGGCUGCUGCCUCGUACGCUGCCCCUGUUGCUGUGGCCGCUCCGGCUGUUACUGCUCCGGCCUAUGCUGCCCCUCUGGCCGCUCCGGCCUACGCUGCCCCUUUGGUCGCUCCGGCCUACGCUGCCCCUCUGGCCGCUCCGGCUUUCGCUGCCCCUUUGGCUGUCUCCGCUGGCGCUCCCGCCCAAUAUGCCGCCAACGUAUUUGCUCCCUCUGGUGCUCCCUGGGUAACAAUGAAGACCUUCAUUUGUAUCGCUGCCUUUGUGGCUACAGCCCAUGCUGGAAUUGCAGGUAUCGCCUCGACCGGAGCCUCGUCUCAGCACCGCUCCGAGGAUGGACUCGGCAACUAUGCUUUUGCUUACGAUGAGGGUCACGCCACUGGCGGGACCUUCCGCAAAGAAUCUGGCAAUGCACUCGGAGUGAAAAUCGGAUCGUACGGACUUCGUGAUGCUGAUGGUCGUAUCCGUACCGUGAACUAUGUUGCUGAUGCGGCUGGAUUCCGCGCCUCGGUGUCGACUAAUGAACCCGGAACCGCUCCUUCCCUUCCUGCUGCUGCCGCCUACAACGGCGCCCCCGUUGCUAAAGUUGCUAUUGCUGCCGCUCCUGUUGUUGCCUCUGCCUCGCAUGCUGCCCCUGUCGCUAUAGCAUCCCCGGCUAUUGCUGUUCCGGCUUACGCUACAGGUCUGACCGCUCCGGUUUACACCGCCUCUGUGGCUGCCUCCGUCGGUAUCCCUGCUAACUACGUCCCCAACGUGUUCACCUUCUCCGGCACUCCCUGGUAAAUGACGAACUCUGUUGGUGUAGCUGCUAUAGCAGUGACCAUUUAUGGCCACCAGCUUGCCGCUUCAGUCUACGUUAUUGCUGCUUACUAUGCUGUUCCUCUGGUCGUCCCAAACAUGAAAGCUCUCGUGUGCGCAGCCAACGUUUUUGCCCCGUUGGGCAUCCCCUGGACAGACGGGUUGUAACUAGAAAACUCUUUGAACAAAACAGAUGAGUUGUUCCGAUCGUGUUUCAUCUAUUUAUUUUUAAUCACUUCUAUCAACUUCAAAUACUGUUGAUCCUUUGGGAUUAUAUCAGUUACUUUGUCUUUCCUACGCUAAAAUCUCAACACGACUUAGCCUUUUCAAUUCUUUCAAUUUUUCUUUUUCAUAGUAGCGAUAUGAAUUCUUUAGUCCUUUUGUAUAUUGCACACGUUCACUGGUGAUCGUGUACCAGUUUUAAAAUUGUGAUGUACAUAAAGCGUAGAUUAUGUUACGUUCAUGAUAUUUACUCUCUAUACAAUUAGAGACGCCUACAAUAAUGAUCUUUUUUCUAUCGAUUAUGUGAUGAUUUUUCGUACAGCUGACAUAUUUAAUAAAUGAUAACUGAAAA